UUUAUAUUCAACAAAAAAUUUAAAAUCAUACAAAAUUUUUUCUUCCCAAUAUAAUACGCAUUCCCAUAGUCUAUCCAAUAAAAAGUCGAAUUUCCUAUGAAGAAAAUUCACACGAGGAUAUGCGCAUCCUUGGACCGGACCACUGAACCGGUACGCCUGCCUCCCCAGCACUAAGUUUCGAUUUCAAUUCCAAACAUAAGAAAAAGAAGAAAAAUGGCCUCGAACCCUGCCCUGAUGCCUGAGAUCGGACCCGAUGGACUCGCUAGGGAAGCUCCUGUCAUAGCCUACACCGAGAAGAUAAUCGAGGAAGAGCGGCUUCAGCUCAAGAAAUACAUAGAAGAAAAUUAUUCUAAAAUUCGUGAUGUUGAAAGAGAACUAGCAAAUCUUACAAUGGAGAUUAAGCUCACUGCUGGACCUAAAAAAGCGGCCCUUGAACAUAUGAGAAAGAAAAUUGAAAUGUCAACUGAGAGAAUACGCAUUGCUAAGCAGAAGGAAGAACAAGCACGAAAGAUUUGGGAAGCAGCAUUGAAAGCUCUGAAAGAUGAGGAAGGAAUUAAGCAGAAGUUAUGUGAGGACUUAAACAAUCUGGUUCAAGAAAGCAGUAACACUCAGUUUGCUCGACUUGAGGAGUUGAAAAGGCGAUUGGAAGCUCUGAACCCAAGUAGAGCAUCAACUUUGUCACAUCAGGACAUGAAAGCAAUUGGAUUCGCACAGGGUGCUCCAACUGUAGAUGCUUCCUCAGCUUCACAAAUAACAGAACCGGGCUCUACUGUUUCUGAAAAUGUACCUAAUCAAGGUAAUGGUGGAAACGUUCUAGCUAUGGAUGGGCAGAAUCAACUGCCCACAAAUGAUGCAGAAGUAAAAGGAAAGAAGAAAAGCCAUUUUCAAGGAAGAGUAAAGGGGAUUGGUGCCAUGCCCAAGAGUAGAGGAUCUGCAGCUCCUGGGUGGACAGGAGCAGGGUUUGAUGUGGAUGCUAGAACUUAGAAGCAUCAUUUCAGAUAUUCUCUUUUCUUUGCUGAAGGAUCAGGGCAAAUUAACAGUAUUUGUUCAUGUUCUGGGGUAUCACUAGUAUUUCUCCCCCAUUAUUUUCUUGAUCUUUACCCUUUUAUUUUUUUCAAUUGCAUAUAGCUUGUUGAUGUGAAUGAUGCCAUUUGACCUUUCUUUCUUUUUCAUUUCCAGUACUGAUAUAUGUCAUUAGUAUUUUGUCUUAAAGCAAGGAAUUAUUUAGAAACUAUCUCUUUAAACAAUUAAUAAAAAUGGAAAAUUUUCUCUCGCUUUGGUAUCAAAAACUGGUCCUGGGGCCCCCCCUUGUUUAGGGAAUGGGAAGUGGUGUUAUUGGAUGAUAUCUUGGUGGGAAACAUUGGCAAGGAACAAGAAAUUGGAACAAAUAAAAAAUUUGAUGAGCUGACUUGAACAGCAACACUGCCUUGAAGAAUUCUCUGCAAACUCUAGAGACGUGGCAUUUAUCUCCUUCAGAACUACGAGCUCAUUUCAUAAGGCGGCUGCUCGAGUUUCAAUCAUUCCAAUUGAAUUCUCUAAUGGAGAAAAUUCAAGUGAUUCAGAGUUUUAUCACCAAUAGCCAAUUGAGCAGUGCAGGGAAUGAGCCUUCAGUAUGAAGAACAGUCCUCAUCCGUUGGUCUUCCAAUCCACCCUAGGUUUGGACAUUUUUUGUGAAUGGAGUAUCCAACAAGAAGCGGUCAAAGACACGUUCAAGGACAGUUCCAGCGGAAAGGGAAAAGAUUCUCUCCGUUAUGCUUCCCAAAUCUUCAUCUUCCAUGACUAGAUCAACAAUCAUUAUUUGCUGCAGAUAACAGACUCCAGGCUGCAACUCCUCAGCCUUCACUUGUUUGGAAACAUGAAUAAUGUGCAAGGUCUGAGACGAAGGUUUGGGAAGAGAGUGUACACUGGAGCUGCUGCUAGCUGACUGCCGAGUUGCUGAUUUCAAAUUCAAAGUGGUCCUGAGUAGAUAUCAA